UGACAUCAUUUUCUAAGAAAACUGGCGACUAUCGCUCGCUCUCGGCCGUUGAUUUAAAAGUGUUGGCGCUAGUCUAUGACCUAGAGAAACAGUUUAAAGGCACAGAACACAUUCGGAAAGAGCCGUCAAAGAAGCCUGAAUGGACCGUUGGACACAAAACGGAAAGCUGUGGUGUGACACUAGCCACCAAGAGGUAUGAGGAUGGAGAAGCACUCCCUUCAGAUCAGAUUGGAGAGAAGAAAGAAACAGACAGUGAUGAUGAAGACGAGGUAUAUUUUGAUGCUGCCGACACACUGAACGAUGCACUGGGCAGCAUAGAGUUGGCUGAAGAGGUUCAGGACAGGGGACAGGAGGAUGUGGAGAAUCCAGACAACAGGCAGAAAGACAUCCAACAUUCUGAGGAAGAAGAUGAAGAAACUGAAGAUGAAGAUGACAGUGAUGAUGAUGAAGGGUGGAUAACUCCGGCUAAUAUUGCUGAGGUCAAGAGGUCAAUGGGUGUAGAAGUUGCAGAAGUGAGCCAUGUCAGUGUUGGCUGUUUGACUACAGAUUUUGCCAUGCAGAACGUUCUCAUCCAGAUGGGCCUGCAUGUUCUCUCCAUCGAUGGCCUGCUCAUCAAGAGGGCCAAAAGUUAUGUGCUUAGAUGUUUCGGCUGUUUGAGAAUAACCAAAGACACCAGCAGACAGUUUUGCCCACAUUGUGGCAACAAGACCCUCAAACGGCUCUCCACCACCAUAGAGGAGGACGGCUCAGUGAGGUACUGGCUGGCCAAGAACUACACUAUCCGUACCAGAGGCACCAAGUUUUCUCUGCCGAAACCUCAAGGAGGCAAGCAUGCAAUCAACCCCUUGUUGUGUGCCGACCAGCCCAGACCAGAUCAGAGGCCGUCCAAGAAAUCACUACAGAAAGUGGACAUCCUGUCUGCAGAUAUCAUCGCGGAUAUGAGUCCGUUCAGUGUCAACGAUGUCAACAGUCGGGCAGCACAGCUGGGUAUUCGUAGUUGCCAUCCCCCUCAGUGGUCUAAGAGAAACCCCAAUGAAUGUCGCAAGAAAGUCAAUAAAAGGAAGGGAAAAUAA